GGCCGGUUCGGCCGCAGCUUCGAUGCUGCCGCCGCCACAGCAGCAGGAGGCGACGGCAGCGGCAGGAGCGGAGCGGAGCGAGCACUCGGGCGGGCGGGCAGCGCUGUGUCCGCGGCUGGCACCCCAGGAGCCGGGGGCAGAGAGAGAGGGGGGAGUCACCGCCCCAUUCCUUGUCCCUACACACCCUCCGCUCCAACACUGACCUGGCAACCGGCAACAUAUAAUAAUAAAAGGGGAGGAAUGGCGGCAAAUAUGUACAGGGUCGGAGACUAUGUUUACUUUGAAAAUUCUUCCAGUAAUCCCUACUUAAUAAGAAGAAUAGAAGAACUCAAUAAGACUGUCACUGGUACCGUAGAAGCGAAAGUGAUCUGUUUUUACCGACGUCGGGACAUUACAAACAGUCUAAUCGUGCUUGCGGAUAAACAUGCAAGAGAAAUGGAAGAAGAACUGGAGACGACAAGUCUUUCAGACUUGACAGAAAAACAAAGACACCAACUUAAACACCGGGAGAUAUUUCUAUCACGCCAAUAUGACUCACUUCCAGCCACUCACAUCAGGGGCAAAUGCAGUGUUUCACUGUUGAACGAAACAGGAUCAAUGGGCAGCUAUUUGGAAAAGGAGGAUAGUUUUUUCUACUUCUUGGUGUAUGAUCCCUCACAGAAAACGCUCCUAGCGGACAAAGGGGAAAUACGUGUAGGCACUCGAUACCAAGCAGAUAUUUCAGACAUGCUGAAUGAAGGUGAAUCAGAUUCCAGAGAUCAAUCCAAGAUGGAAGUGAAAAUUUGGGAUCCAGACAACCCAUUGAAUGAUCGACAAAUAGAACAGUUCCUGGUAGUUGCAUGCGCUGUGGGUACGUUUGCUAGAGCUUUGGAUUGUAGCAGUUCUGUCAGACAGCCCAGUUUACACAUGAGUGCAGCAGCUGCUUCAAGGGACAUUACUCUGUUCCAUGCAAUGAACACUUUACACAAGCACAACUAUGACUUGACACAGGCAAUCAACAUCUUAGUACCACAGGGCGGUCCUAUUCUCUGCAGAGAUGAAAUGGAAGAAUGGUCAGCGUCCGAAGCGAACUUGUUUGAAGAAGCAUUGGAAAAGUAUGGCAAGGAUUUCAAUGACAUCCGACAAGACUUUCUUCCAUGGAAGUCACUCACAAGUAUCAUAGAAUACUAUUACAUGUGGAAAACAACAGAUAGAUAUGUGCAACAGAAACGGUUGAAGGCAGCGGAGGUGGAGAGCAAACUGAAACAGGUGUACAUUCCAACAUACAAUAAACCUAAUCCCAAUCAGAUAUCGACCAUCAAUGGAAAGCCUGCUGUAGUGAAUGGUCCAGUUGGAGAGAUGAUUCACCAAAACCAGAACUCGAGUGUAUGCCGACCAUGUGAAAGUUGUUACGCCACACAGUCUCAACAGUGGUUUUCCUGGGGACCGCCUACUAUGCAGUGUAGACUAUGUGCUUUAUGUUGGAUAUAUUGGAAGAAGUAUGGAGGCCUGAAGAAGCGCACUCGAACAGAAGCAGAAAAAAUGUCACCACCGCAUGACGUCUCGGAACCACAUUUAAGAGGCAUCUUCCAUCACGGUCAGCCAGGCGUGCCAAUGAUAAUCGAUAGUCCAAAGUCUACUUUGAAAACACACAUGUCUUUCUUUUUGCAAUCGACGCAUCUUACAAAACUUGCAAGGCAUGUCUGCAGAGAUAUUUUGCAGCUGAAACAGGCAGCAAGGAGACCAUUUGUUCCAAUUAACUGUGCUGCCGUUAAGGCAGAAUGUAAGAACUUUUUAAAUUCUUAGCUUUAACUUUCAACCAUUUCUUGUCCCAUUGUUUGCAAUAAAUGAACUUAUGACUUACUACAUUA